AUGCUUUUUUCGUAUUUCUUGCCAUCAGAAGAAGUUGCUGAAAAGGAAGCUGUCAUCCGACAGCGAGUUGACUUUUUCCUGCGACUCAGUUUCGCAUCAUUUUUUAGCUGUCAAACAUUCGAUUUCCUGUUCAGUCCAAUAUGGAUGCACGGGUCACUGAAUCAGAAGGCCGAGCUUGAACUCAGUACCAAAUCAGCGGGAGCUAUUGUUGAACAUCAGCUUACAGUCUGCGGUUACUCUGAACGUGAUUUCCGGUUUCCGAGGACAGAAUCAGACGGUGUGGCGUCUUUUAAGGCUCUCACUGUUUGUCGGUAUGCUGACGGGAAAUAUGCGUUGGCUGCAGAUGAAGCAGCUUCUCUAUCCGGCUGUGCAUGA